AUGGCCGACAACAACGACAUGGAUAUGAAUGACGGUGAUGCUGCUGCUGCUGCCUCUAACAAUGCGCAACCCAAGACGAAGCGCAGCAGGGUUCAAUUUUCAUGUACUGCAUGCCGAUAUCGCAAAUUAAAAUGUGAUCGCACCCAUCCCUGCGACCGUUGCACACGGCGCGGCGAUGCGGCUUCCUGCACGUAUGUAGGCCAUGGCCCCCGUGGACGUGUAAAUCACGCGACGGGCACAAACCCCUCACAUAUCCAGAACCGGAUUCAGCAUCUGGAGAAUCUGAUCCUCUCAUUUGCGCAACAGAAGAAGCAGGAAGACGAGAGCGGUAGCGGGAGCGGUAGCGGUAGUGGUGGGAGUAAUAGUGGUGGUGCUGCCCGUGGCAGUUCGACUUCAACUUCACCUGCGGGCCAUGUGAAUAAUAAUUCGGCUGAGCCCUCGCCGACGACGAGUGGUGCGGCGGAGCAGAGUACUUCGGUGGAGGCUGAUCCGGGGAAGUUGUUGAAUAACGGCAUGACCUAUGUGGAUGCGUCGAAUUGGCAGGCUAUUCUUGAUGACCUCAAAGAAGUCAAGAAAUAUGUACAAAAUGAAGACCAAGACUUUGACGAUGAUGAUUUCCUUGGAGAUGACUCCGAGGACGAAAUCGUUGAAGUUGAACAGGAUGCGAAUCGUCCAACGUUGCUGUUCUACGGAGGCCGGGUACCCGCAAAGCAGGAGUUACUUGCAGAUUUGCCUGCGCGGGAAGUAGUUGAUAGACUGAUUGCUAAAUACCUGAACUCGGAUGAUCCUAGUCUUCCUGUGAUUCACUUCCCAACCUUCCAUAGAGAGUAUAAUCAAUUCUGGAAUGAUCCUUCGCAAGUCUCGCUAUCUUGGCUUGCUUUUUUGUAUGGUUGCAUGACCAUGGCUGUGGGCAUGUUCCGGCGCAGUAUGGAAAGCCUGCCUUCUCCAUUACGCGAUCCAAUAGAUGAAAUCAACCGAUUCCAAAGAAACUGCUGCUACUGUCUCAUCGGCUCAAACUAUACUACAGUUGGAAAGUACAAGGUCGAGGCGUUACUCAUCUAUGCCACAGUCGAGUAUACCAAAAGAGGCAACUCAGCCAUGAGCGUCUCAAUCAUUUUGGGUAUUGCCAUCAAACUCGCUAUGCGAAUGGGCUACCACCGAGACGCCAAACACUACGAUACUCUAUCCACACUAGAAGGAGAAAUGCGUCGACGCACCUGGGCCAUUCUCUCACAGCUCGAUACCUUGACGUCUUUCCAAGUCGGUAUCCCCAAACAAGCCCAAAGCUGGCAAAGCGACACCGAAAUCCCACGAAAUAUUAACGACGAAGACAUUGACGAAAACUCCAUUGAUUUACCACCUGCAUUACCUGACACCGUCCUAACACCCGUCACCUAUCUCAGAUCCAAGAAUCGCGUCAUGAACAUGUUUGGCCAAAUCUGCGAUUUGGCUUACAAUCGACAACCAUCAACGUACGAAAAGGUGCUCGAAUUAGACCGCGGCCUCGAAGAAGCGCAUAAACUGAUGGCGCCGGCUCUUCGCAUGCGGCCCAUAAAUCAGUCCUUUGUUGACACUGCAGCUCUGAUUAUGAAACGGUAUACCCUUGAUAUAUUGUACCAAAAGGCUCGCAUUGUGCUGCAUAGAAAGUUUCUCGUUGAGGCUCGCUAUAACCCUCGGCUGAGUUACUCGCGCUCCGUUUGUGUGAGCGCGGCAAAGGAGAUACUUCGCCAUCAAUACGAUUUGUACAAGGAGUCGGAGGUAGGUGGUCGACUUGAGAAGAAUAAUUGGUUUUUCAGAUCGCUUCAGAAUAAUGACUUUGUCCUUGCCGCCAUGGUGAUUUGUCUUGAAUUAUUCAAGAAUAAUGAUCUCGUCAAUACGGCCGAGCAGCAACAAGACACUUCUUCUUCUGCUGGUGCUGGAAGUGCGAGUGAGAGAAGUAAACUAAUAGAAACGCUGCAGAAAUCCCGCGAAGUCUGGAAAGAGAACUUGAAACAUUCCCUCGAGGCGCGAAAGGCCUUUGCUGCGGUGACGGUCAUGUUGAAGAAAGCGGAACUUGAUGAUGAGGCGAGAAAGAGGAGCAGUCAAAGUCCUGCCAACAAUACACUUGCGAAUGCUACAGUUAGUAUACCCCUGGCGACAGGGAGGUCGCCGGAUGAUAUUUCGAUUGGAGAAAGUGCAUCCAAUCAUGGGUUUAGAGGUGUUGAUCAGGAUGUAUACAUGGCCAACUACAUCCCCUCUAACAUAUCGACCACAAUCCCCACGCCCCCUAUAUCUAAUAUCCCCGGUCAAAACAACACCACCACCGCCAGUCUUCAACAGCCACCCAUCCCAACAGCAGUAAAUCUCAACAUAUUCCCCCAACCCUACCCCGACCUCCAAUCGUCCUCCCUACCAGGUCUCGACGUAAUAGAAACCAUGCUCGAUACACCACAGAACCUUGACUGGCAUGCCUGGGAUGGCCAAAUGGAAGACAACAACCCCACGCUCUGGGAAGAGCCAUACUGGAACACAGCAGAUGCUUUACAUUUACCAGUAAAUCCGAACCCGAACACAAACGUAAAUGUGAACGGGGACACGACUACUGGAGAUGUGAUGCCGCCAGCUGAUCUCAAUACCUCCACAACCACCACUACCGCCACCACUAGCAGCAACGAUGGCAACCACGGCAGCGGUACUAGUAAUACAACGAAUGGCAAUGGGUCCAAAUUAGAGAAUUCGAUGUACAUGUUGUAUACGGCGCCUGGAUAUCGUGGAUAG